UGUGCGCAGCGCACGAAAAGAGGAUUGGAAAAAUGGCGGCCGGUGCAGGGGCUGUGAGCGGGCAAGGGGCCCGCAGCUCCACCGCUGCACUGGAAGCGUCUUUGGACCGACGAUUUCAAGGAGUAUCCAACACUAUGGAGUCCAUACAGGGCCUAUCUGCCUGGUGCAUUGAAAACAAGAAACAUCAUGGCCAAAUCGUCCGCUCCUGGAUGAAGUGGCUCAAGAAAUCUGACAACAACCACCGCCUGAAUCUUUUCUAUGUUGCCAAUGAUGUGAUUCAAAACUGCAAGAGGAAGAACGCCAUCGUCUUCCGGUCCAGUUUUGCAGAUGUCCUUCCAAAUGCCUCUCAACUCAUCAGAGAUGGAAAAGUCCGCAAGUCCAUUGAGAGGAUAUUUACAAUAUGGGAGGAGAGGAGUAUUUAUCCAGCGGAAAAUAUUGCCCAGUUCAAAGCGAGUCUGAACAAAAAGGAAGAGAGAGAGAAGCAGAGAGAAAAGGAGAAAGAGAAGAAAAAGGACAAGGAAAAAGAAAAAGAGAAAGAAAAGGAGAAGGAGAAAGAGAAGCCGCCUCUGACUUCAAGUGCACCAACAACAACUAAAGCCGCUCUUAAAUCUAAGAUUCUGGCUGAGUUUACUCCUCAGUCUCUCAUUGAAGACUUGUCUCAGUACAAACAAGCUGUAGCAGAAGAAGAGUUCAGAGAGAAACAGUUGUCGACUCUGAGAGUGGACGUCUGCAGCACAGAGGCUUUGAAGAGACUUAAAGACAAGGCUGGGGGAAACAAAUUUGCCAAGGAUUUUGAAGAAGGUAGUCUCAAGCUACAAGAGUUUGUGAGCUUUCUUGAGAAAGAGAUGAAAAGAGGCCCUUCUCUGCUGGAGUCUUUGGGAAAUGCAGACAUUUUCUAUGAAAUGCAGUAUAAAGAGGUCAAAAUUGUGGCCAAUGCCUAUAGUGCCUUUGCCAACCGCGUGGCCAGUUUAAAAAGAAAACUGGAUUCUCUUAAGGCAACUUUACCUGGAGCAGAGGACUCGCCCAUCCCCUCGCCCUCAGAGGACGCCCCCUCUCCCACAGGCUCAGAGUCUCCGCUCCUGCCUCUAAGAGUGAACAGAGCUCAGGUCGACCCAGAGCUGGACGGGAAAGCUAUGGACGAAUCCAUUGACAACCCAGAAGAUGAGAUGGAUGUAUCUGAUGAGGACGCAGAGGCAGAAAACAGGAAAGAAAAGAUGAUCCUGACAGUAGAUAGUGCAAAAAUUCCAACAAAAGCGUCAAAAAAUAAUGCAUCUGCUUCUGCCACUGCCGGUACAAGCACCCCCACGUCUGCAAAUGCUCCAGCCAACCCUCUUGGAGUCAACCUGGCCAAAGUGGACCUGGGCAAGAUCAGCUCCAUCCUUAAUUCACUCACAUCAGCCAUGAAGAAUACAACAAGUCCAGCUCUCAAGUCAACUCCAGGGACCCCCUCAACUCCGUCGGGACAGUCAUCGGCCUCAAAAACGGCUUCUCCCAGCCCCGCUCUCGCUAGCAUCUUGUCUCGUGUUGACAUCACUCCUGAAGGCAUUUUAAAUGCUCUUUCUAAAACAAAUACAUCAGGUUUGUCUUCUUUACUGCAUAGUGUAACAAACAGCUCUGGUUCAGCCAGUCGCACAUCUCCUCCAGUAAAACCAUCUGUAAAAACACCAGUCACCCCAACACCCCCUAAGACCAAACCCUCUCUAAGUGGCACUGUCAAACGAGAAACUCCAGGACGAAACAAGGACAGAGAGCGGCAGCUGUCUCCUCCUUCACCGUCACGAAGCAUAGCUCCGCCCAUGUCCACCCCUAGUUUAGAGUCUAAAAUUAACAGCUUUUUGCAGGGUAAUCCUGGCUUUAGUCUGGCGUUAGGUGAUCUCAGUCCUGAUGGAGUGGAUGGGACCCCAGUUCGAGACGAGGCCGCGUGUACCCCCACGCAGGACGAGAUGAUGGACACUCCAGGAAGUGUCCCAGAAUCUUUAGGGUCGUCUGGAAGCCGUCCCCUCUCACCCACAGCCUAUCGCAGUGAGCCCUGGGACGCUGUGAUCACCCCAACUGGAAGCAACAGUGAGGGGGAGGUUUUAGGCUCCUCUCGAUUUGGAGCUGUGAAAAAGAGCCACACAAAACUGAAAGAGGAGGAUGUUAGGAUGCACACUACCUCGCUCUCUAGUAAAGAAGUGUUAAAGGGUAAGGGCGAUGGACCGUCUGGUUAUUAUAAAACCAAAGCUGUAGGAGAGAGGAGAGUAUCUGCUGGGUCUCGUAAGGUGAGCACAGGCUCAGAGGAUGGAGGUUUCAGUGGGAAAAGAGAGGGCAAAGCUCGGGGUGGGUCACCCGGGGAGGGUCAGUACCACCGCAUUGAAACACUUGUGUCACCAUGCACUGAGGGGGCACCCAUAGAAACUCUAGGUUACUCAAACAGGCCUCUCACUGGGGAACCCAUCAGAACUGUAGAGAGCAUUCGAGUGAUUGACCGCGGGCCUCGGCGUGGGGGAGGUGGAGGGAGUCGUGGGGGAGGUGGCAUGUGGUAUGAAGAGGAGGAGUACAUGGACGCACAGCCAUCCUCACCUAUCGCUGCACCCCCCCCUUUAAGCAGGAACAGAAGGAACUCUGAAGAAAUAGCUCCCGCUCUUCAACUCCCUCUGCCCCCUCCUCCACCCCCUCAUCCUUUUCUCCAUCUUCACCCUCCACCGCCUCUCCCUCCACCACCUCACCUUCCACCGCCACCUCACCUCCCACCGCCACCUCACCUUCCACCCUCUCACCUUCCACCCUCUCACCCGCCACCCUCUCACUCUCUCCCCCCUCAGCCCCACACUUUGCCCCCACAGCCUCACUUUUCUGUCUCGUACCCCCAUGAAGCUCCCCCAGUCCCUCUCCACCAGCAUCCACCUCCUACUUCUCCCUUCUUUAACGCGCACAUGUCCCUGCCCAGACCACUACCCCCACCCUUACCGCAAAAGCCCCCAACUCCUCCCCUCUGCUCCCCUGUGCCCACAGCCGUGAUGGUGGGUGGGGUGUUGAUUCCUGUGGAGCGUCCCUUACCACUGUCUGCCCCAGUGAGACCAGAGGGGCCAGAGAGGCCAGAGCGAGGGGCUCCCAGACCGGGUAAAGGAGGCCCUCGCUUUAUGACAUCAUUGCUGGGUGAACCACCGCGGCUGCCUCGCCCAGGGACAGUUAAAGAGCCUUUCGGGCUUCGAAUGGCACCCCCCCUCCACCGCCCAGGCACUCCUGGAGUUCCUCCACCUUUAUUGGGCCGAGUGAAAGAGCCUCAGAACCUGCCACCUCCACUCCCUUCUCCCCCUGGUACAUCCACUUCCCCUUCUCCUUCCCCCCCUAACUCACCUGUCAAUACUCCUCCAGCUGUCCUACUAGUCCCACCCAGUACUACUCCGUCAGCGGAAUCUCCUGAACAGAAGCCCCCUGAACAGAAAGUUCCUGAGCAAAAAGUUCCUGAGCCAAAGACUCCUGAGCAGAAAGUUCCCGAGCAAAAAGUUCCUGAGCAAAAGAUUCCCGAGCAGAAUGUUCCUGAGCAGAACACCCCAAUCCCUGCCCCGCCUCGUCCCAAAGCCCCUGUUUCUCUUAUGAACCUGCCCAGGCCUCUCAUCAUGACAGAGCCCAUCCCACAGAGACCUCUGGUGCGAGGCCGACUGCCUCCUCCAAGUUUCAGAGGCUACAGAGGGAAGCGCCAUGGUCCCCCCUUUGGAGGUCCCUUCUAUCCCCCAAAAAGACCCUUUCUGCCCCCCCGCUACUGAAGUGGUCCUCUCUGACAUGAGUUCUCUUGAACACACUACUGUGUGUGUUAGCUGGUAUGAGCCUAGGCCUUCUCUGUUGGCUAGAUGGACAGUAUUGUGUGUAAAUAACCCAACAGCGUCAUAGGAAUCUAAGUUCAGAGUGUCACAAAACUAACCCGACAUCUACGUUUUCAUUUUUCAAAUCAUGAGAAAUACUUUUUUUUUUUUUUUUUUUCAAACCAAGAAAGAGAGCAGGAGGAAUGUACAUAAUGGGUCUUUUAGGAUAGACAAAUAUAAUACUUUGAAGUGAUGGAGAGUAAUCCAAAAACGUAAUCUUUGCUUCCCAUUGGAUGUGUGCUCCUUUUUGCUGAAUAAUGGUAUUUUGGUUGUUUUUUUCCUGCAGUUGAGGAUGUUCUUAUUUCUCGUGUAUCUAUUGUAAAUAAGCUGUCGCUAACCCUUUCCACCUUCUUUCUCUCUGCACUGUAUAUUGCUAAGCUUGUAUAAUAUAAAGAUUUCGUUGAUCCAGCUUUUUCUUUUCAAACUCUUGUGUGUAAAAACAAGACAGUGACUGUAGUCCAAGCAUCCUGUCUUUACUGUUUUGAGGCCUUGUUAAGCUUUUAAAUGCGUUUUCAGCCGUAUGUCACUGUUUUAGUUUUAGACUAUGAGACAGAAGACGAGGUUGACAAUAUUCAAAUACUUCUAUCAGAAUAAAUGUCUGCCUGUUUUAUUUUCAUGAUGGCGUCAAGGAAUAUCAUCAUAGUAGAUGGGAUAUUCCACCAUACUCCACUCUUAGCAGCUUUCAACAUGUAAAGACUUAAUAAAAUACAGAGUAUGUGACUUCAA